AUGUACUUAUAUGUAGAAGCAUUAAGGAAUAAUCAAUACCAAUAUCUAUGCCAAUACUUUACUUCAAAUGAACGGUUGAUUCAAACGACACCCUAUGUCAUCAUCAAAUCAAGGACAGCCCAUAAAGGAACCAUCAUCUUAGCCGACGCAUUUGAGGGCAAUGGUCGUAUUGGCAAAUGGAAAUGA